AGGAAGACACCGCCAGCCCUGCCCCGCCCUGCCCCGGGACUUAAAAUGGCAGAAGAUUCCUAUAUUAUGGGAGUGUCUGAUCCCCAAAUGUUUGCAAUGGAGCAGUUCAUGGGAAUGAAUGCAUUAUUUAACAAUACAAAUUACAUCACUUCAGACUUACCACUACGAACAGAUGGACCGUAUCUUCAAAUCAUAGAACAGCCAAAACAGAGGGGUUUUCGUUUCCGAUACGUUUGUGAAGGGCCUUCGCAUGGUGGGCUGCCUGGUGCUUCUAGUGAAAAGAACAAAAAAUCAUACCCUCAGGUGAAAAUCUGCAAUUAUGUUGGACCUGCAAAAGUAAUUGUCCAGUUAGUUACUAAUGGGAAAUACGUCCACUUACAUGCUCACAGUUUGGUGGGUAAAUUUUGUGAAGAUGGAGUAUGCACAGUUAAUGCGGGACCGAAAGACAUGGUUGUAGGGUUUGCAAAUCUUGGAAUACUUCAUGUCACAAAGAAGAAGGUGUUUGAAACUUUGGAAACACGCAUGAUAGAUGCUUGCAAAAAGGGAUACAACCCGGGACUCCUGGUGCAUCCUGAACUUGGCUAUCUGCAGGCAGAAGGAUGUGGAGACAGACAACUAACUGAACGAGAAAGAGAAAUUAUUCGUCAGGCAGCAGCACAGCAGACUAAAGAAAUGGAUCUCAGUGUGGUGCGUCUCAUGUUUACAGCUUUUCUCCCUGACAGUAAUGGUAGUUUCACAAGGAAACUUGAUCCAGUUAUCUCAGAUGCAAUAUAUGACAGCAAAGCUCCCAAUGCCUCCAACUUAAAAAUCGUAAGGAUGGACAGAACAGCAGGGUGCGUAACAGGAGGGGAAGAGAUUUACCUUCUCUGUGACAAGGUUCAGAAAGAUGAUAUUCAAAUACGUUUCUAUGAAGAAGAUGAAAAUGGUGGUAUGUGGGAAGGCUUUGGAGACUUUUCUCCUACAGAUGUACAUAGACAGUUUGCUAUUGUGUUCAAAACACCCAAGUAUCGAGAUGUCAAUAUCACAAAGCCAGCAUCUGUGUUUGUACAACUGCGUCGGAAAUCUGAUCUAGAAACAAGCGAACCAAAGCCUUUUCUCUACUAUCCGGAAAUCAAAGAUAAAGAAGAAGUGCAAAGGAAGCGACAGAAGCUCAUGCCAAACUUCUCUGAUGGCUAUGGUGGAGGCAGUGGCGCAGGAGGUGGUGGCAUGUAUGGAGGGGGAGGUGGCGGUGCUGGCUCUGGGUUCAGUUACCCUUCAUAUGGAUACUCUGCUUUUGGAGGGAUGCAUUUCCACCCUGGCACAACAAAGUCCAAUGCUGGAAUGAAACAUGGACUAUCGAAUAGCACAGCUGAACAAGAUGGGAAGAGCUCUGAUAAACAAAGUGACAAAUGGGACAUGAAACAUGAUGUGAAAGCGGUAACUAUGGAGAGGAACAAGUGCAGAACCUCUGGAGAUAAUGAGGAGAAGGAGGAGGAUGCUUCUUCCUGUAAAACUGAAGUAAAUGAAGCAGACUACAGGUGGCAGGAUGGUCCGUUCCUGGAGAAGGCCAUGCAGCUUGCCAAGCGUCACUGCAAUGCUCUCUUUGAUUAUGCUGUAACUGGAGAUGUGAAGAUGCUGUUGGCUGUUCAGCGCCAUCUCACUGCUGUCCAGGAUGACAAUGGAGACAAUGUCCUUCAUUUAGCAAUCAUCCACCUUCAUGCUGAGCUGGUGAAAAACCUCUUGGAAGUGAUACCUGAUUUGAAUUAUAAUGACAUCAUUAACAUGAGAAACGACCUUUAUCAGACCCCCUUGCACCUGGCAGUAAUCACAAAGCAGGCAGAGGUGGUAGAAGACCUGCUGAAGGCUGGAGCAGAUGUCAGCCUUCUGGAUCGCCAUGGUAAUUCUGUCUUACAUUUAGCUGCUACUGAAGGAGACGACAAGAUUUUGAGUCUACUCCUCAAGCAUAAGAAGAUUUCUCCCAUGGUUGACCUUUCCAAUGGUGAAGGUCUCAGUGCAAUUCACAUGGUGGUGAUGGCAAAUAGCAUGUCCUGCCUCAAACAGCUCAUUGCUGCUGGAGUUAAUGUCAACGCUCAGGAACAAAAAUCUGGACGAACUGCACUGCAUUUAGCUGUAGAACAAGAGAACAUCCCUUUGGCAGGCUGCCUCUUGCUUGAGGGUGAUGCAGAUGUGGACAGCACUACAUACGACGGGACAACGCCUCUUCACAUAGCAGCUGGAAGGGGCUCUACUAAACUGGCAGCAGUUCUCAAAGCAGCAGGUGCAAAUCCUCAUGUUGAAAACUUUGAGCCGUUGUUUGAUGUAGACGAUGUGAAAGAUGAUGAAGAUGAAGGGAUUGUGCCUGGAACGACACCACUGGAUAUGGCAGCCAACUCUGAGGUCUACGACAUAUUAAAUGGCAAACCCUACGAGUCAGCAGUGGUUUCGGAGGAUGUACUGACACAAGGACAUCUGAGACAGCUGAAUGAGAGUUCCAAGACACAGCUUUACAAACUAUUGGAACUGCCCGAUCCAAGCAAAAAUUGGUCCACUCUAGCACAAAAACUGGGUCUUGGCAUACUUAAUAAUGCCUUCAGGUUGAGCCCUUCCCCAUCAAAAACUCUGCUAGAUAACUACGAGGUUUCUGGUGGUACAGUUCAAGAGUUGAUUGCUGCUUUGAGAGAGAUGGGUCACACAGAAGCCAUUGAAAUCAUUCAGAAAGCACUGUCCGUCUCACCAAGCCCGUCUCACCUGGAGGACAAGACAGCAAAAGCUCUUCCGUCAUCAUUACAGCCCACUUUUGCAACUGGAGAGACAGGCGAGCUUUAUAACAGCAAAUUUGCAGACAACGAAAGCAUGUGCGACAGCGGCGUGGAGACCUCCUUCCGCAAGCUGAGCUUCACUUACUCAGACUCUCUGAACAGCAAGUCCUCAGUAACACUCGCCAAAAUGACCCUGGGCUGCGGACACGAGAGUUCAGCGCAAAGCAGUUCCGUAGCCAACUAGCCAUGGCCCAUUAGCAACACGCAACAAACCUGACAUUUCAAAUCACAUCGGAGUCAUCCUGGCCAGAGGGAAGUGAAUUCACAACCGAAAGCAUCUGCUGGAGGAACCACACACAACCUGAACAAACAGCAACUUCAGCACGCGACUCCUAACCAUCGCUUCCUUCAAGUAGGUUUAAUUGUAUUCAUUUACAAGCCAUACAUAAUCAGCGGGGUCUGCUGCUGCAGUAAUACACAGCGCUGGACACCGCGAAGGACUGACGGAGCCUUUCUGGUUUGCAAGGACUUUCUGUG